AGUCACGAGAGAAAGCUUUCACUUGGUUCAACACAAUGGAGAAGAAAGCUUCAAUGGCAUCGGCUGCUGCGAUCUGGUGCAUGCUCGUGUAUCUGGCGAUGGCUGCAUCCAUGUGUUCCGCUGAACCAAAAUCUUCAUUUGAGGAUAAUUUCAGCAUCAUGUGGUCUGAAAAUCAUUUCAAAACCUCUGAAGAUGGUCAGAUCUGGUAUCUUUCCUUGGACAAUGACACAGGUUGUGGGUUUAAGACAAAACAAAAGUACAGAUUCGGGUGGUUCAGUAUGAAGCUUAAGUUGGUCGGAGGUGAUUCUGCCGGAGUUGUCACCGCUUACUAUAUGUGUACGGAGGAUGGUGCAGGGCCAACAAGAGAUGAGCUUGAUUUCGAGUUUCUUGGGAACCGAACCGGUGAACCGUAUUUGAUCCAGACCAAUAUCUACAAAAACGGGACUGGAAACAGGGAGAUGAGGCACAAGCUUUGGUUUGAUCCAACUCUUGAGUACCACACUUAUUCCAUCUUGUGGAAUUCCCAUCAAAUAAUAUUCUUUGUGGAUAGAGUCCCGGUGAGAGUAUUCAAGAACGCCGACUACGAGAACAACUUCUUCCCAAAUCAAAAACCGAUGUACUUGUUCUCGAGCAUAUGGAAUGCUGACGACUGGGCAACGAGAGGCGGUCUUGAGAAAACAGACUGGAAAAAGGCGCCGUUUGUUUCGUCAUAUAAGGAUUUCACUGUUGAUGGGUGUCAAUGGAAAGAGCCUUACCCUGAAUGUGUUUCAACUACGACGGAACAUUGGUGGGAUCAAUAUGAAGCAUGGCAUCUUACAAAAGAUCAGAAACUGGAUUUUGCUUGGGUUCAAAGGAACUUGGUGAUAUAUGACUACUGCAAAGACACUGAGAGGUUUCCUAAAUUGCCUGAAGAAUGCACUUUGAGCCCUUGGGAUUAGAUGCUUCCAUUUUUUUAGUUUAUAAUUAUUCAUAAUUUGUUUGUAUUAUUCAUGGUUAUAAUUCUAUUUUUGUUUGGAAAUACUAAGAAUUUGUUUUAAAGAAAGUUGGUUAUACUUG